UGCUCACUGUGCGCCGGGUGUCUGGGUUCUCCUGCUGCCCAGCCUCGGGUGCUGCUCCCCGGCUGCUGCCUAACCUAAGCCUGCGUGGGCGGGUACGCGAGCGCUUUGCGGACAGAAGUAUUCCCUCCUCUGCGGUCGGUGCUCUGCACUCCUCGGUCCGUGGGCCAACCCGGGGCGCCAAGUACUAGCGUCUCUAUUGCGCCAGGGAGGUAGGAGGAGGCAGGGCCGAAGCGGAGUUCGGGCAGACUCGGGCCUGGACCCGGCGAGACGCCGCUGCUGCCCGGAUGUUGCGAUGGCUGAUUGGGGGAGGCCGAGAACCACAGGGACUAGCCGAGAAAUCUCCAUUACAGACAAUAGGGGAAGAACAAACCCAGAACCCCUACACUGAACUGCUCGUACUGAAAGCUCAUCACGACAUUGUACGAUUUCUGGUACAGUUAGAUGACUACAGAUUUGCAUCUGCUGGUGAUGAUGGAAUUGUAAUUGUAUGGAAUGCCCAGACAGGAGAGAAACUUCUGGAACUCAGUGGACAUACUCAAAAGAUAACAGCUGUAAUUACAUUUCCUUUCUUGGAAUCUUAUGAAGAAAAAAAUCAACUCAUCUUGACAGCCUCUGCUGACAGAACAGUUAUCGCAUGGGAUUGUGAUUCUGGCAGACAAGUUCAGAGAAUGUCAUGCUUCCAGUCUACAGUAAAGUGUUUAACCAUUCUUCAGAGACUAGAUGUUUGGCUCUCUGGUGGGAACGAAGUAUGUGUGUGGAACAGAAAAUUAGAUCUUCUGUGUAAAACUUGUCACCUUUCUGAUACAGGGAUCAGUGCUUUGAUUGAAAUACCUAAGGACUGCGUUGUAGCAGCACUUGGCAAAGAACUGAUAAUUUUCAGGUUGGUAGCACCCACAGAUGAAUCACUAGAAUGGGAUAUUCGUGAAGUUAAGCGCCUCCUUGAUCAUCAAGAUAAUAUUCUCUCAUUGGUUAAUGUCAACGAUUUGAGUUUUGUCACCGGUUCCCAUGUUGGAGAGCUGAUCAUCUGGGAUGCCCUGGACUGGACCAUGCAGGCUUAUGAACGCAACUUCUGGGACCCAGCCCCACAGCUGGACACCCAGCAAGAAAUAAAGCUCUGUCAAAAGCUGACUGAUAUUUCUAUUCAUCAUUUCACAUGUGAUGAAGAGAACGUAUUUGCUGCAGUUGGAAGGGGUUUAUAUGUGUAUAGCCUUCAAAUGAAGCGUGUGAUUGCCUGCCAGAAAACUGCACAUGACUCCAGUGUCCUGCACAUUGCCAAACUUCCAAACAGGCAGUUAAUCUCAUGCUCAGAAGAUGGCAGUGUACGCAUUUGGGAGUUACGAGAAAAACAGCAGCUUGCAGCUGAACCAGUACCAACAGGUUUUUUUAACAUGUGGGGAUUUGGAAGAGUGAACAAACAAGCCAACCAGCCUGUUAAAAAGCAACAAGAAAAUGUCACUUCGUGUUCACUGGAGCUUAUUGGAGAUUUGAUUGGACACUCGUCAUCUGUGGAGAUGUUUCUAUACUUUGAAGAUCAUGGACUAGUGACAUGCUCUGCAGAUCAUCUCAUUAUUUUGUGGAAAAAUGGAGAACGAGAAUCUGGAUUGCGCAGUUUAAAAUUAUUUCAAAAAUUAGAGGAGAAUGGUGACUUAUACUUUACUGUUUAAGGAGUGAGAACCUUACACAUGAACUUUGAAUAGCAAAUAGAGAGUAAAAUUGUGAAAUCAUUCAUGUGUUGCUCACUUAAAUUUGUAAUUAUUUUUCUCAUCUUACAAAAUUCUGUACUUCUGCAUUCUUUUUUGCGGGUCUACAAAUCAGCAACCAGUUGAUCCGCAGGUAUUAGUACAUCUACCAGAGAACAUACCACGUUUCCCAGUCGACUCUGUGUUGCUGUCAGAGUGGUGAGUGAUGUCUCGGAGGGUCUUACUUUGAACCUAGACCCCUGUGAAGCGGUGAAACAACAGAAGUAGCAGUAAAGUGUGUUUUUCAUAGAAA